AUGGUGCCUUCGUGGCUGAUCUUGGUCGUCUUCAGCAUUACCACCGCGGUUGUGAUGAGUUCUGUCCGGGCGGAACGGUGCGACCAAGGAAUUUCGGUUUGUUCCGUGGACCAGUUCUGCGACGAGCACAGCUACUCCUGCAAAAGCUGUAAAGUUAUUUGUGCCGAUGAGAGUCUGGACUGCAGGGAUAAGUGCAAAGAUUACCUCAUUUCAUCGCUCAAAACAUCCGCCCGAAUCAACACGAUAACGAUUGGUGUGCUGUCCGGCGUGGUAGCGAUCCUCCUCAUCGUAGUGUUUCUAUUGUUUUUGAAGCUCAAACGUGUCACGAUCGUAUGUCCCCGGCUGCCGUGGCAAACGAAGAACGAUGCGACCCCCACCGUGGCGAUGACGCACGAAAAUCCGAACACGAAAAGCCCCACGAGAACGCCGAAGAAUCCGGCCAACCUGACCAGGCAGAACACGCAGCAAACGACGACCACCGGCACGCCGGACCAGGAUGUGGAAAAUCAAACCACCAUCACGACGGUCACCAGCAACCGCUACCCGGCGGAAGAUUCCACCGAAGGGCUGGCCUACGUGAACCACGCGUGCAACGUGACGCCAACCAGCAAUGGUUCCGCUCCUCGAUACUAGAAGGAAUUUGUUUUGAUGCGCAAAAGCUCCCGAAAU